UGAUUGAACUACUCUGAGGCUUAUCCUCUUCGCCUUCCUCGAUCUCACCCUCCUCAGGUGGCGUGACCACAGAGGUCUUCUUUUUCUUCUUCCGCCGCUUCUUCCCGUUUGCGUUCGAUUCGGCCACAGUCGAAUUGGUAUUCCCAUUAGUUUCCAAUUGCUUACUCCUACUCCUGGUAUUGUACCGAGUAUUGGAGGAAGGUCCGCCAUUGAUGACUACUAUGGUGGAACAGAGCUCUGCAACAAACGAGAUAUGGGCAAAAGACUUGACGUACAAGCAUGCCCACGAAGUGGAGCCUUCGCUCAUCAAUAUCUCUUUCGCUCUUCCUAAGGGAACACGGACCAUUCUAGUGGGGGCAAACGGAGCCGGAAAGUCCACUCUCCUGCAGAUCCUUGCAGGCAAGAGAUUGCUUACACAAGAAGGGACGGAUGUUCGUAUCAAGGAUAAAGAUGUAUUCCGUCAGUAUCCACCUGGCGUGACAUUCUUGGGUACUGAAUGGGCGAUGAACCCAGUUGUUCGAGGCGAUAUUGUCGUUUCGGAUUUUCUAAACUCCGUCGGUGGCUAUAGACACAAAGACCGCAGAGACAUACUAUUGGACAUCCUUGACGUUGACCUGGACUGGCAUAUGCACGCCAUUAGUGAUGGUGAACGUCGUCGUGUCCAACUUGUCAUGGGCCUCAUGGGACAAUGGGAUGUUCUACUCUUAGACGAGGUCACCGUCGACUUGGAUGUGCUUGUUCGAGAUGAUCUUCUCACCUUCUUGAAGAGCGAUAGCGAAACGCGCGGUGCCACCAUCCUAUACGCGACACAUAUCUUUGAUGGACUGGAUACUUUCCCCACUCAUGUUGCGCACAUGCAUCUUGGUGCCUUUGUCACUCCACCUACCUCUUGGCCUUUCUCCGAUGUCACAGCUCAUGGGUGUAGCCCCCGGCUUUACAAUGUUGCUCUUGAGUGGUUGAAGAAAGACCGUGCGCACCGACGUGAGUUGGAACGGAAUGGCAGAAAGGCUAGAGGUGCAAAUAAGUCGGAGGUGCCUUCGGACUCGGAAACCUUCUACAGAAAAUACGACUACAGUCACUGAACGAACUUCACCCACUCGACCGCAGCUCAACCUGGAAUACUUUACCAAAUUAACCCGCCUUACACAUAUCAGAAUGCGCUUCAAAGCGCCAUCUCCUAUCACCAUCAUAUUCAACAUUCUUCGUAGUUGAACACUCGCAUUGCAUUCACUUAAUUGUGCCACUAUCAUCAUCCUUUUAUUGUUUCAACAACAAUGUAGCAAUAUAUCAGCAAACCUUGUAGACUACUUUCAACAGGCAUACGGUAUCACAGAAUGGACAUUCUGGGCGUCCUUGUAGCAUUUGCCCACUUCUGACGUCUACCACUGAGGAAGCGGUUUCCUUCUACACGAGGUAGGUGCCUGGACUCUCGCCAGGGUCUGGAACCCUCAGUUUGAGAGUCGAAUUGAGGGUUCGGUGUUCC